AUGAACCCUCCAACUCCUAGGUCACCACUACCUCCGUACCGAGAGUAUUACGAGUGGUUCGGUUCAACGCCAGUGCUAGUGAGACGUCCGCUGUUGCCGGCAGCCAGCACGCGAGUGCCUUCGUGCUCAUGUACAUGUGGUUCAAACACACACUACGGCAACGAUGACUACUGGAGGUCAUUGCUCUCUAUUUACGGCCCAACUUCUACUAAGAGUACUACGAAACAAGCUCCCACCACUAUUAGAAGUACUGCAAUACAAGCUCCCACCACUACAACGAGCACUACUACACAAGCUUCUACCUCAACUACGAGCACUACGACACAAGCUCCUACUUCUACUACGAGUACUACGACACAAGCUCCUACCACUAGUACGAGCACUACGACACAAGCUCCUACCACUAGUACGAGCACUACGACACAAGCUCCUACUUCUACUACGAGUACUACGACACAAGCUCCUACUUCUACUACGAGUACUACGACACAAGCUCCUACCAUUACUUCUACCGUAAACAUCACUACUCUAUCUUCUGCAGAAUUAGUCGAUUACUAUUACUUGGAACACUAUCCAUGGGCAGCAUCACUAUUGAACGCAAAUGCUGAUGCUCUUACAGUGCUCGGAGAAAAUGGUGAAAAAGUCAAUCUGAAGCUUACCACCAAAUACGGAACGGUUCUAGAGGUUAAAAGAACGCCCAAAUGUGACGAUAAAGGGACAAAUAAGUUCGGCCAUAAACUCAAAUGCGUGUACAUCUCGAGGUGCGAAGACGCUGCCAGCAUAUCAGAGGACUAUCAGAAGAACUACUGCGUUAUCGUGACCUCGUACCAAGAGUAUUACGAGUGGUUCGGUUCAACACCAGUACUAGUGAGACGUCCGCUGUUGCCGGCAGCCAACACACGACUGCCUUCGUGCUCAUGUACAUGUGAUUCAAACACACACUACGGUAACGAUGACUACUGGAGGUCGUUACUCUCUAAAUAUGGCCCAACCACGACUUCUACAUCUUCUACUACGAGCACUACGACGCGACCUUCUACCAUUAAUACGACCACAACGACACAAACUCCUACCACGAGCACGAGCACAACGACACAAGCUCCUACCACUAGCACGACCACUACGACAACGGGUCCUACCACUAAUUCUACCACAAGCACUACAACACAAGCUCCUCCAACAGUUUCAAUCAGUGACUAUUACUUGGAAGACUUUCCGUGGGUGGCAUCACUACUCAACGCAAGUGCUAAUGCUCUGACUGUACUCGGAUCAAAUGGUGAAAAACUCAAUCUGAAGAUUACCAAAAAUCCUGCCCCGCUUUCAGACAUUAGAAAAGAAUACGUGUGUCACCAUAUGGGGAAGAAUAAAGACGGCUAUAAAUUCACCUGUGUGUACAUCAAUCGGUGCACAGAAGCUAAGAGCAUCACUCCUGACGACUACCAGAAGUUGUACUGCGCUGUCGAUGACGGGUAUGCUGGAAUCUGCUGUAUUGAUCCAGAAAUAAGCAUUUACGAUUACGAAUACGAAGAGGAAUGAUGACAAAUUUGAUAAUACAUAUUUCAUACAACACCUAAUUAAAUAAUAACUGUAAUGUUUUUACUGUAGGUACUGUAACCUA